CAAACCUAAAAGGGUAAGGCUGGUGUACGCGGAUGGGUUAUGCCAUGUGGAUUAGGAUUUUUUACUUUUAGUCGAUUCCACAUUAGGCUGCUGUACUAUAAAAUGUGAUUGGUAGUAAGGUUGAAGUCAGUUCAAUAUGCUGUAAAGCUUGAGGUAACACUAUGGCCAUAAAGAAACUGGAUUAUUCACAGCGAUCACUUGCCUUCAUUUCUUUGGCUCUUGGGUUUCUUGUGAUUUGGACAGCAGUUUUAGCAGGUGUCUUGGUGUCUCAAACCCUUAAAGAAGAAGGAAUUGCAAAACAGACUAACGGUUUAUUUAUUAUACAUGAAGAUAUUGGAAAAAUUUCCUUUGCACUUGGACGUGAAUUAGUGUCUACUGUAAAUUUGCUGUUAUCACAAGGCUCCAAAGAACGAGAAAGUAAGAAGGACUUGCAUGAUGUUACUUGGAAGAUAACUGACAAUGUAUUAAGAAAUGUUCAAGAAAGAAGUACUGACUACGUGGUUGUUUCUGUGUCCCAGUUGCUUGAUCAGGUACAAGUAAAAUUGAAGAAGUUUAGAAGUACUUUGACAUCAGAAUCCAAUCCUUAUGAACUUGUGAAAUUUUAUCAAAGUGUAAGCAGCAUGCUCUUGAACCAGUGUUUCACACUAGAUAACAAAAAUAAAUUACCAGUGCCCAGUCUGUCAUACACUCUUUUCAUCCAGGGAAUGUCUCAAAGAUUUGGAGAGCUAGGGUUAGGCAUAAUUUAUAUGAAGUCAGAUUUGCCUUUCAACAAAACUGAAUAUUUGGCAUUACGAGCAGGCAGUACUCAACUCCUGAGCAUGUCCUUCCACUUCCUUCCAAGGGCAAGAGCCAAGUGGGUGGAACUUCAUCAACAGGAGCCUAGUGUAUAUCAGGUUAUGGAGUUAGUGGCUGAAGACAUCUUUGUAGGGGGACAACUGCGAGGAAGAAAAGAACUAUCAAAGGCCUACCUUGAUAGUGUGACAGAAGAAUUAGCAAUGUUGCUCUUAACCAAAGAAGUCUUAAACACAACAUUGGUAUCAACUAUCGAAAGGCUUACUCAGAGUACUCGCAAUACCUUAGCCUUCCAUAUGUCUAUUUGUGUUGUUGCAGUGGUAGCUGUUAUAUUGUGUCUUAUCAUUAGCAUUUGUGCCUUCUUCAGGUACGUUGGCCAAAGUGAGGUGAACUUUAUUAAGUUUAGAAAUACCUCAAAUGCUGGCUGUACUGAAACUCGAGAUAGAGUUCAAAUUAUAUCUGAUUAUGAUGUUUUUAAACCUCAGGGUCAUCUGUAGGACAUUAUAUUAAAAUUUAUACUUAAAAGUAGACUAGGGAAUCUCUGUGUAUGCACCUU